AUGGAGACAGAUCCAAAUUACUACUUCUAUAACGACUUUUAUAGUGAACCGAAUUCAACAUCUCAGUUCCCUUUUUACAUCGUACCAUUUGUGCCAUCUUCAGAUGAAUCACAAUCACAACUAGUUUCAUCGUCGUUAUCAUCAUCGUCGUCAUCAUCGACAUCCCUCCACCUCACCUCCCUACAACCACUCACCAACUCUAGCAGCAGUCCUCCCCACGGACCAACACUCCUCUACUCCACAGGGGUCACCAUCUUGUUAGGCUCCAUCGCGGCUCUCCUCUGCAUCGUUACCAUUUCCGGGAACGCCAUUGUUGUUCUUUCUUUCUUUUUAGAACAAUCUAUCCGCCAGCCAACAAAUUAUUUCAUAGCAUCGCUAGCAGUUAGCGAUCUGUUUAUUGGGGCAGUCUCCAUGCCCCUCUACACCGUGUACCUACUGGCCGAUCAGUAUUGGCCUCUCAGCGAGUUCCUUUGUAAUGUGUGGCUUACUGUUGAUUAUACUGCUUGCCUCUGCUCCAUUUACACAGUAUUCUGCAUUACGGUUGAUAGAUAUUGCUCAGUUAAAAUUCCCGCUAAAUACCGUGUGUGGCGUACUAAAAAAAAAGUUUUGGUUGCAAUUGCUUGUAUCUGGAUUAUAUCUGUAGCUCUUUUUUUCUCUUCCAUAUUCGUGUGGCAAAUGUGGAUAAGUGAUUAUAAACCUGAGCCUGGCAAAUGUUAUGUCUUCUAUCUGGAAGAUGCUCUCUUCAACUGUUCUUUGCAAAUUGGAUACUUUUGGAUCACUCUGAUAGCCACAGUCGCAUUGUACAUUGCCAUCUAUCGCGUGGCUCUGGGCUUGCAGAAAAAAACUGACGCUAAAAACAAAAGAACGGAAGCAGUGGUAUCGCAUUUUAAAACAAACAAGCCAACAAAAACAGCGACCCCUGAAUUAACAUCAGAAACGACCUUACCUGCAGUGACGUCAUCCGCAUUAUCCGUAUCAUUUCAACUGUCAACCUCGCUUCCGGCAACAACAACGCUAUCAACAACAUCAACGUUCACAACGACAACCACCACAACAAAAUUACCAUCAACGACCUCACCUAUGACAGCAGCCUCGAACGAAAAGACCAUCUCAACGGCUAGCCCGACAAAGUUAGAUAGAGAAGAAUUUUCAAUCAAAUCUGACCAGCCUUCCACACCUACUACCAAUCACCACCAUUUCCUUUUCCACGCUCCUCUCUCAACUCCAUUUCUUCCAAACUUCAUCAAAGCUCCAAUUUUCGAUCGACAGAGUAGCCACGGUGCCAACAACAACGGAAACAAGAAGUUCCAGUCAACGCAAUCGUCACAGUCAGGGAUGUUGGCGGCCCAGCAAAAAACCAAAAGAGCGAACAGGGCACGUAAGGCCCUACGAACCAUCACCAUCAUUUUAGGGGCGUUCGUCGUGUGCUGGAUACCCUGGCACGUGCUAUCGAUGAUUAUGGGCUUCUGUCCAAAGAACUCAGUCUGUGUAGCCCCAAUGCUGUACGACAUUUCCUACUGGUUGUGCUACCUGAACAGUCCCAUCAACCCUUUCUGUUAUGCUCUCGCCAACGAGCAGUUUAAACGAACUUUUGCAAGAAUUUUAAAAUUUGACUGGCAUCGCAUUUAAGAAUGGUUCAACUGUUAUUUUAUCUCAUUUAUUAAUUUGUCGCUAAUUUUAUAAUCUUCAACAUUGUUUCCAUAUUAACUUUUAUUACAACGUAUCACUUAACCAUCAUCAAUGCCUUCUCACAUCCAUACAUUUUCACCGGUAACAAAAAAUGACAAGUUAUAAUUAUUUGGAAGGGUAUUUUAAAACAUUUUUCAACGUAAUAAUUUUUUUUCGGUUUUAUGUAACCAAAAAAGUCUAAAACGGUUUAUAUUUUGCAACAGAAUAUGCUUAACUCAAGCUUUCAUCAUUUUAAACUAAAUUUAUAAUCAUUCAAAAUACCAGCAUCAAUAAAACAUUUGUUUUCAUUCAUUUUUAAAUAUAAUGUACAUACAAUUUUACUUGAAA